AUGCCCCGCGUAAAGGGCAGACCCAGACACUGCGACCCAUUCGACGAUGAGGGCGCCGACCGCGUCCCAGAGACGGAUCGCUCCAAGGAUGCUACGGCAGCGGCAGCAGCAUCGAUAGAACGCACAGUCCCGACAAUUUUCAAGUGCGAAAAGGCCAAAACGUCACCUUUGGACAGCACGAACGAGGACGGCGAACGUGAACCGAACUCAGGCAGUAAUGGAGUUUUACCGAAGUCCACCACCACCACCUCCGUUCCUGCUCCCUCGCCAUCGCCCACGCCUGCCCCACUUCCACCGUCAGCAGCGGAUCCGACCCCCCCUCCUCCCCCUCAAUCCUCAAAGCCUGCCAAUCGCAGUAAACGGAAGCGCAAAGCUGAGGAGACCUCGAAAGACUCCGCCGAGAUAAGCAAAAAGCCGGUCAACAUCAAACCAAAGAAGGUGGAGCAGAGCACCGGCGAGGAGGCACAAUCUGCUCACCCAGUGAAUUUCCAAUUGAAGCCGGCUGAAAAGCCGGCCCAAGUUUUGCGACCACUGAGACCCCUACCACAACCAGUCACCAAGUUCGUCCUCCCCGCGUUGACACCGCGUCUGACAAAGGUGGAUCGUGACAAGGUGCUGACCACCUGCUCUGUGUGUUCAAAGGUCCUCCGCAGGGGAUCCCUGCGUGAGCACAUGGACAGGCAUGAGAACAGCGGUAAAUUCGAGUGUCUCACCUGUGGAAAGAACUUCAGUCGAGCCAGCACCCUGGAGAAGCAUGUCCGUGCGCACACCGGCGAACGACCCUACCAGUGUCGCCUCUGCCCAAAGGCCUACCGGCAGAAAGUGCAUCUGGCGGAACACAUGCGGUCGCACACCGGCGAGAGACCCUUCGUCUGCCGCCUCUGUGGCUUCUCUGUGACCUCGAAGUCGCUGCUGAAUCGGCACUUGAGGACUCACGGAGUGCUGACCUCGGCCAAUGAUGUGCCCGAAAUGUGGUUGCGCACCGAUGCACCCACGGAACAGGUGCUUGCUGCGGCUGCUGAAGUCGGACGCUCAUUGGUUGAAUUGACGCAGACGGCGGGCGAGGCCGAGGAGCGCAAGCCCUGCGUCCUGCGAGUCACCGCGUUGAACGGGACCGCAACGGUGGCGGCUCUGGCGCGAAGGCACUUGUGCGAUGUCUGCCCCGCUGGGUUUCCCACCCUCCAGGCUCUGCGCAGCCAUCGGUUGACGACACACGGACUUGCCACCCUCCAUGUCUGCCCCACCUGCGAGGCCUCCUUCCCUUCGACCAAGUCCCUGAAGGUUCACUGUCGCACCGACCACCCACAGGUAAGUCUACAGAUCCUUUGUGACCUGCGUCCAGCCGCAAUCUUCAGUUUCCCCCGAUUUUGGUGA